UGAACAGCAUUUGGUACCAGUUCCACUCCACCACUCGUCACUCCUUAGCCACGGCCUGUCCAACGGUUGCCCCUGCAUCUGGCCUUGCUGCCUCCAACGCCGAACAAACUGCAAUACUCUGGAAACGUCAUAGUCUCCACUGAAUCAGCAAAAGUCUCCAUUGAAUCAGCCAAACUUUCUACUGAUUCUGCCAAACUGCCAUAGUCUGCAUUCCCAACUGACAUAGAAUCGACUUCACCUUCGGAAGCAUCCACAAAUCACCCCAAACUCCCACAAAUCUGCCCAACCACAUCUCCACAUGUCACGGCUCGACCUGAUCCUCUCGUUCGUGGACGCCCUCGACGCCCGUUCUGACAGGCUCCUGGACUCCGUCGAGCAGUCCACCCAGCUCAUUUCACGCAUCAUGGCCGCCAACGAACACGCAGCUCUGUUAGACUCACAAAUCGACGACAUCCGUGAGUUGAUGGACACCAACUCGGCUCUGAUGAGCCACUUCGGCAAUUUGUACGAAAAGUCGUUCUAUCUCGAGUCCAACAUGCACGUCAACGAUCACGUCACCAACCAGACCUCGUUCGAGACCCUCACCCAGGAGUACCGCUACUUGGUGGGAAAACUCCAGAAGAACGACAUGUACUCGGGAGCCACAGCCAGCCAUGAGACUCCCAGAGCUCCUCCAGGGCCCAAGGAGGACCAGAUUCCAGCUUUGGUCACCAAAAGCUCGCUAGCUAACUUGAAAUUAAAGCCCAUCCGGUGCAACUCCAAAAGAGUCUACAAAAAGAAGUCCAGGUACAGACUAUCAGGGUUGUUCAACAUCAACCCCAUCGCAUACGACGACGAGGAGUCGAACUACACCAAGACGCCAACCUCGAGUCGAUUUGGCGAACCGUCUCCGUACAAACAGAAUGGGUAUAGUGAAGUGGCAUCUCCGUCAAGACAAAACGAGUAUAGACACGAGACGAGAGAGUCACCGUCCAAGCACAACGAGGCUCAAGAGGCUUCAUUGUCAAAACACAACGACUUCGGACACGAGAGCUUGGGAGAAAUUUCUUCAUACAACGACUACAGACACGAGAGCUUGGGAGAAAUUUCUUCAUACAACGACUACAGACACGAGAUGAGAGAAUCUCUGUCAAAACACGAUAGACACAAAUCCCAAUUCGAGACAUCUCCGUCAAAAGAUAGACACUCUCCUGCCCAGCUCGAAGCUCUGGAUAUCUCCCAUCCCCCCAGACAAACCAGCAUAACCUCGGUGGAAUCCAACGUGAUGGAGAACAUCGACUCCCAGCACCAAGACGACCACACUGUGGCCUCUUCACCAUCGGAGGAGUACUCCAGCUUAGGUCUCCGUUUGCGAUCCAAUUCCUUGCCUGAAACUCCAGCUUCUGCCAACGUAUUCACCCGACUGGGAACCAUGAAGCACACCAACAUCUUGUCUGAAUUCGACACCGAGAUUGCUGAAGAAAAGCUUCGCUUUCACAGGCUCAAGCAUUUCAUAACCUUUGGAAAUUUGCAAGAAGGCGACCACUUUAAGCACUUGCAUAACGACUACUCCAAGUCCCCUACCCGUCCUGUGGUGUCUGCUAUCAAUCUCGAUGACCAUACUGAUUUUGACAACUUAUCGAUGGUAUCGGACAUUUCCGACUACUCGCCAGAACGAACAGACUCGGCAUUCGAAGAUGGAGAGUUGAACGACUUCGAAAAGUACCUCAGAGGGUCUCGAUUCGACCUCAACAAUGCAUUUCCCCAUUUGUACAAAUCCAACUCGCAAGACAGCGUAUUCCAAGCAUACACCAGGUUUCCCCAGCCAUCAGCACCGUCGUCAUACAAAUUCCACAACCCAGCAGAAAAUAUCCAGUUGAGCACUUCCAACACUGUGAUGCCCACCAUCGAACAGAUCCAUUUCAGCUCCCAAAGAACCUCGCGAGAGAGGGAGUCCAGCAAGGUAGAAGACCCCAAGAAGAUCUUGAGCGAUGUCAUAAUGAGGAACGACCAGUCCAUCAAAAAACCGACUGUCUCUACCCCAGAGUCUUCACCUUCGAAAUUGUCGAAGAACUCGUUUUCAUUAUUCAAUUUCACGUUGAACUCACCCAAGAAACAGGCUGCUAUAUUUCCCGAAAGAAGAAAAAGCAUAGAUAACAUAAGCAAGUCUUUGACUGACAGCUUUUUAUCAUUGGUUAAUACGUCACAGUCCAAGUCUCAUACUUCUACUCCCGAAAAGAUACGGCAGUUGAAAAUUCAGGCCAAAGAGGCAAAGCCCAUCAGAAUCAAGUCGGACUACCAGGUGAAGCGCAUGCCCAUCAGAAUUCCUCGAAACGACGGUUGCCAUUCCAAGUUGACUAUUGGUCCAAACCACACAAAAGUCAUAAAUCACGGCGAGUCUUCGAUGUUCAAGAAACCCUUGAUCACGAAAAUCAGUCAUAAUUCAUUGAGGGAGGCCCUUUCUGGCAGUCUUACGUGAUGGGCAUUUGAGCUACCAGUGCUGGAUACUGAGUAAUGCUAGUGAUUAUUUCGACAUAUUAUUGGCUCGCUACAAAGAUGGGUAUUCUAAUUUAUUUCAAGUUUUCUUCCUUCGCAACUAUCGCAUCUUCCCAUUUCCCAUCAGCUACUAAUACAGUGCAUUCCCUACUACCUACAACACUCCGUUGUGCAUAUACCCUCAUCAGAGCUCAAGUUACUGUUUGGUUUCCAACUCAAGCGUAUUGAGCAAGUGCAUCUAUUU